AUGGAUCGCCAAGUUUCUUACAAUGGCCCUCUGUCUUGCUCUCCCUUGCCCUGCACUUUCCCGGCUUCACGCCCAUCGAUCCCGAUGAACCAUCCAUUACCCCCGAAGCCUCCUAUUUCCAUGUACUUCCAUGUCUACACUCCUACCCGCAAGCCUGCAACCAUACUACGCGACACGGCAGCGCAGCACGUUAGCCAUGGCAAACCCAUUCCUGUGAACAACGAUCGAGAAAGGCCCUCUACGCACAAUCACACAACUGCGUCUUCCGUUGGGUUGCUCAGCGGCCCUCGCAAAGACAGCGUUAUCUUUCCAUCCAGUGAAGAUACGAUCAUCGGGCUUGAAAUCGACCAUGACAAGGCUAGCAUUAUCGACGACGACGAUAACGGCGAUAACUUCGAACCACCCCAUCCCGAUGAAUUACUCUCAUGGAUACGGAACAACAGCGAGGGGGGGAGCUGUGAAGCUUCAGUGGCCCUCCGAAGUAUGGAUAACAGGUCUGGCCUCGACGGAACAAGUUCAACUACAUCCCAACUGCCUGGGAUCGGCCUGUCCUGCGAAGGACACCCCGGUGAUGCCGAUGAUGGCCGGAAUGAUAAGAUUAGCCCUAAGAAGCAUCUUUCAGAUGGAUGCAAGGGUGUCUUGUCCGAUACUUUGGGACCGAAGGGCUUGAUCGCUUCCCGCCAGUUGGUUGAAGAACCACAUAUUCCUCUUUCUGGAUGCAGCGGCCAGCCUAUGACCGAGAUCACCUUGUGUAGCCCAUGUGGAACCUCUCGGUCAGGGCGUCGCAGUCGAAAGAAGCCCAUGCGCACCAUAUUGGGACACACUGAACUUGCCGCAGGCAGGGGCCCUCGAACAAGGGCAAGGACAAGGGUAGAAGCAUCUUUUUCGCUCCCAAGCCGCCAACAGGCCCGCCCUUAUUCAAAUUCCGAAGACAAGCUCCUCCGUGAACUGAUGCACAGAAAGCUUUCAUGGGAAGAGAUUGAGGUGGAAUUCGGUCGGAUGUUUGCUGGAAGGGAUAGGAAAUCACUUCAAGGGCGGUGGUCGAGAUAUCUGAAGUUUGUAACCCCCUCAGCCAAGUGCUUGAGAACCAGAUGGGCGAGGAAUGGUGCGGCUUGA